CUUCACAAACUUCUACAACUUCGCAGAGUUUUGUCCACUUUGGUUUUUAUUCGAUAAGGAGGCUUGAACUUAUAUCAAGAACAUGCUAAACACGUGAAUAAACGUUAUUGUUAUUGAUUCACCAUACUUGGGUCAUUCGCUGUCUUUAACGACAUUUUUUAUAUAGUUAUGAUAUGAUGUUGUCUACUUGUGUUCAAUGUUCAUGCGUUCCCUCCCCUUCUUUUUCUCAUUUUAUUAUUUUUUUCCCUAGAAAAAAAAACUGCCUUGUGAAUGGGAAAGGAUUCUAAUGCAACACCGGCGUAUUCUCUAUAAGCUUUUUUAGUGUCCAAACGCGUUUUUCUUUAAAUUUGAUACCUCAAAUGACCAUGAGUCCCUGAAGAGCGCAAGGAGUCAAAGAAAUGCUUUCCUCUACCUUUAGAUAUUGAUUGUAUUGUUUGCCAAAAGCAGAGUCUGGAUUGGCAUCCACAUACACCUAAUAGUUUACGUUUCUUUUACGAAAUUAUUCACUGUGCAAGUGUGAAACUAAACUGCCUCCAAGAUUGGCUUUCUGAAUAGUGGUGGCCAAAGGGCCGUUUCACAAUAAAUUAUUUCAUAGUCUAGAACACCACGUGUUUAUGUUCUCAAUCAAUUUUCAAAUGACACAUUGUCCAUAUUUUUUCAAUUUACACCAAUUUUCACUUUACAUAUAAUUAAGAUUUUUAAUUUACCGGACAAGAUUUAUAAAACUCAUUCAAGUAGGACCAUGGUGAACCAGAAGUGGUUAACACAAUUGAUUCGACACUCAAGUAAGUCUCUCAACUAAAGUAUGAGGUUAGAUCCCUAAUUUGGAUAGAGUUGCGACCACAUACCUGGUUGCACCAAAAGGUGGAACCAUGGUGGUUCUAACAAUGUAAUAAUUUUUCUACUUCACUUCGUUUGGAACUUCAAGGAAGGAACACAAGAAAGUUGUGAGCCGACUUAGGUUCCUGCCUUUUCACACAACUUAAAAUGUGUUCCUAUCUUCAAGUGGCUUUUCCUCUUAAGGAAUAUAAAACUUUUGGCAUCUCAUAAUUCAUUGGGAUUGGACGGAAAGGAAUUGCUUAACUAAUGUUGUUUCCAACAUUAAGCAUCAGCUUGGUCAAAUAUAUUAAGUGCACUAUUGAUUUUGGUACAAUGUUCUUCCAAAGUAAACGAUAUAAUCAUAAGCAACGUAGCCUACAUGGUCUAAACACUCCUUUUCUGCAGAUCCUAGUUGAGAAGCCCAACUAUCAUCAGUACCAGAGAAAUUGAUUCAUAUCCAAUCAUAUCAAAAUGGAGAAAACAAUCCAUCUUGUAUAUUUCAAAUGCCUUGUUUUCCUUCUCAUGAAGCAAGUAAUAGUGAUGGCAGAACCUAGAGCCAGGACUGUCAAUAUAACAUGUAACAAUAAGCUAGAGCACAACACCACCAUCUUUGUUCCAAAUUUUGUUGCAACCAUGGAGAAGAUCAGUGAACAGAUGCGCAAUACCGGUUAUGGAACAGCAGUUGUAGGUACAGGAGGACCUGACACCAACUACGGGUUGGCUCAGUGCUAUGGUGAUCUCUCAUUACUUGACUGUGUUUUAUGUUAUGCCGAGGCACGCACGGUUCUUCCCCAAUGCUUCCCUUACAAUGGCGGUCGCAUAUACCUUGAUGGUUGCUUCAUGAGGGCCGAAAACUAUAGCUUCUAUGAUGAGUACAUAGGGCCAGGAGACAAGGCUGUUUGUGGAAACACGACAAGGAAGAGCACAAGUUUUCAAGCAGCAGCAAAGAAGGCUGUUUUGAGCGCUGUUCAAGCUGCAGCAAACAAUAAAGGGUAUGCUAGGAAGGAGGUUUUUGUGGCAGGAACAACAAAUGAUGCAGCUUAUGUUCUGGCUAAUUGUUGGAGGAGCUUGGACACAAGGUCUUGUAGAGCUUGUCUUGAGAAUGCAUCUUCUUCGAUAUUGGGGUGCUUGCCCUGGUCAGAAGGGAGAGCAUUGAACACUGGAUGCUUCAUGAGGUACUCAGACACAGAUUUUCUUAACAAGGAACAGGAAAAUGGAAGUUCAGGAGGUAAUGUACUGGUGAUAGUGGUUGCAGUAGUCAGUUCAGUGAUUGUUUUGGUGGUUGGAAUAGCUAUUGUGGUUUAUAUCCGCAAACACAGAUAUAUUCAAAUGAAACGAAGAGGUUCAAAUGAUGCAGAAAAGUUAGCCAAGAGCCUUCACCACAAUAGCUUGAACUUCAAGUAUUCUACACUGGAGAAGGCUACUAAUUCCUUUGAUGAAGCUAAUAAGCUUGGACAAGGAGGAUUUGGAACCGUUUAUAAAGGAGUUCUGGCUGAUGGAAGAGAGAUUGCUAUUAAGAGAUUAUAUUUCAACAACCGACAUAGAGCAGCAGAUUUCUUCAACGAAGUCAACAUAAUUAGCAGUGUGGAACACAAAAAUCUAGUCAGACUCUUAGGAUGCAGUUGUUCAGGACCUGAAAGCCUUCUUAUAUAUGAAUAUCUACCUAACAGAAGUCUAGAUCGCUUCAUAUUUGAUAAAAACAAGGGUAGAGAACUAAACUGGGACAAGAGAUAUGACAUUAUCAUCGGAACAGCUGAAGGAUUGGUUUACCUGCAUGAAAACUCCAACAUUAGGAUAAUCCACAGAGAUAUAAAAGCCAGCAACAUCUUAUUGGAUGCAAAGCUUCGUGCUAAAAUUGCUGAUUUUGGUUUGGCCAGGUCCUUUCAAGAAGAUAAGAGCCACAUUAGUACAGCUAUCGCUGGAACUUUGGGUUAUAUGGCUCCAGAGUACCUAGCACACGGUCAGUUAACAGAAAAAGCUGACGUAUAUAGUUUUGGAGUGUUACUGCUAGAAAUAAUUACUGGAAGACUGAACAAUAGAAGCAAAGCAUCAGAAUAUUCGGACAGUCUAGUUACAAUGACAUGGAAGCAUUUUCAGUCAGGGACUGCGGAACAAUUAAUCGAUCCAUGUCUAGUGGUGAAUGACAACCAUAGAAGCAAUGUUAAGAAUGAGAUUUUGAGAGUGUUGCACAUAGGACUUCUAUGCACCCAAGAAAUCCCUUCCUUAAGACCAUCUAUGUCAAAGGCACUAAAGAUGCUAACAAAGAAGGAGGAGCACUUGGAUUUGGAAGCUCCUUCCAAUCCACCCUUCAUAGAUGAAAGUACCAUGGAACUCCAUGACCAAAAUGAUGACCCAUUUUACCCUCUCAAUGCAGAAGAUUCAUUGGCUACUAUGUCUCAUAGCUCAUUUUAUGCCAGGUAACCAAGAGAAUACAGAGAAAAACACACACUAUAGACUAGGGCUACAAACUGGUUUCACUUGUGCACGUCAAAUAACUUGGCCAGGCUUAUGCUUAUGCCAUGGAGGUCACUACCAGUGUAUUUGAAAUUUUGGAUAAUUAUCAUUUUAACUUCAUGCCUACACACAAGGACAGCAGUUAAGCCAGAUUUCCCAUAAGGAUAAUGGGAAGCAAAUGGUGCAUAAAUUACAUCUCCGGAUAUGAUUUGUCACUGAAGAAAAAUUGAAUGUAUUACUAGUUUACUGUAACAAGCUACUAUUUAUCUGUGCUUUGAUCUGUAAAACAUGUUUUAAUAGUAAUGUGGUCAAGGUCAGAUUUUUGUAUGUAUAAAAAAAUAUCUAUUGCAAGAGACGAAUCCCUUAAUUGAA